CGGUGGCGAGACAGCAAUGCCAGCCGCGUUUCGAAUCACUAAAAUAUUCGUCAUCGCCCUAGCUUCUUUCCUAUACCGAUUCUUCUCUUUUUCCAACCCAACUUUGACCAUGUCCGCCACCAAAAAUCACUUUGAUCUGCCCAGGCUCCGUACUGCAAGCCUCGAAGAGCUAGCUACAGGCCUAGAUAAUCAGCGGUUCACUUCUGUCCAGCUGGUGGCAGCAUACAAACGUCGUAUCAGCGAAGUGAACGAUGAAUUCAAUGCUGUCCUAGAGAUCAAUCCUGAUGCAGAGAAGAUUGCAGCAAGUCUGGAUAAUGAACGUCGCGAUGGAAAAUUACGCGGGCCUCUGCAUGGAAUCCCAAUCCUCUUGAAAGACAACAUCUUCACCGACGACCAAACAUCGACCUCUGCUGGAUCCUACGCCUUGCUAGGAUCUCGGCCAGUUCGAGAAGCUACUGUCGCGACCAAGUUACGCGAGUCUGGGGCGAUUUUACUCGGGAAAGUUAACCUAUCCGAGUGGGCAAACUUCCGUUCUGGGCCAAACAAUGGGAGCAAUGGUUGGAGUGCACGCGGUAGACAAACAUACGGAGCCUUUUAUCCAGGCAGCGACCCUGACGGAAGUAGCUCUGGAUCUGCAAUCAGCUCGAUCCUCGGACUUACCUUUGCCGCAAUCGGCACUGAGACUGACGGCAGCAUUGUCUCUCCGGCUCAAAGAAGUAGCGUUGUUGGAAUGGCUCCAACCAUUGGGCUUGUAGCCCGAGACGGCAUAAUACCCCUCUCUAAUCGUCAGGAUACGGUCGGUCCAUUGGCACGCACUGUAAAGUCUGUUGCAUACGUACUCACAGCUAUCUCUGGAAAGAGCCCAUACGACAAUGCUACCAGUUCCAUACCAUUUGAUCACAUACCUAAUUACGCAGAUGCAUGCCAAGGCACACGGUUGGACGGUUUGCGCAUCGGUGUUCCCCGGGAUGCAAUCGCGGAGACUGAUGGCAUUGUCAUGAAGAAGUUCGAUAAGGCGCUGAGCUUGCUUAAGUCAAGAGGAGUAACGAUCGUGGAUAAUGUACUCUUUGCCUCGGCCAAAGAGUGGGAUGCAUGGGAUAGUGCCGAAAAGCGGGCCUGCCUGCAGGCUGAGUUCAAACACUCCAUCGAAAAGUGGUUGAGAGAACUCGUUGAAAAUCCCAACAACAUCAAUAGUUUGAGUGACCUUGUCAACUUCACUAAGUCUGAACCAAAAGAGUGCUACCCAGAACGUGAUAUCCAGCGUUGGGAAUGGCUUCAAGAAGGACCGGAAUACAAUUCGGACGCAUACAAAAAAGCACUGGAGAAGAUGCUGCGUCUUUCUGGAAAAGAAGGCAUCAUUGGGGCUAUUGAGGAGCAUAAACUGGACCUAAUUGUUCAUCCAACGAACAUCGACCCUCCAACUACCUUUGCCGCCCGGGUGGGAUUACCAGCAAUUACAGUUCCCCUUGGAUUCUACCCAGACGAUACUGAACCUACUUGCCACCGUGGGAAAAUCAUCGACGUAGCUCCAAAUGUUCCAUUCGGGAUCACCUUCACUGGGAAGCCGUUCACUGAGGAAUUAUUAUUUCGCGUGGCUCAUGUGUACGAAUCUGUUUCCAGCGUGCGAGAAGAGAUAAAACCUUUUAGAAUGCCCGAAACAGAGCUACGAGAUGUGAUUUCUGCAGCAGAACAACGAACUAUGUUAUCCGGGAAGGAUCGCCUGACCCUUAAAAACAUUCAUGCCUGCAGGCUGAGUUCAACCACUCCAUCGAGAAGUGGGCCGAGUUAUUCUCACUCGUCUCCGUUAUCUACAAGGAUAGCUACUCCUCUGCCCAUCAGCCCAAGUUGUCAUGGACUAGAGCCUAGGGGAUAUUUCUUAGAUGAGAUCUAGUGUUAUAACUGUAGUAAUGCGCUGUAGUUACAACAAUAAAUCCGGGGUAUUGCUGAGCAACCCUCCUGGACACUCUUAGAUUGGAUUAGUGCAUGAGCAGCAGUAGGUUCUAACACGGACUGACAGAGGUUGAUACUAUAUUACAACCUUAGUCUAUAAAUAGUCUUACUCUGCACCAGUGCCUUUUUGUGUAUUGCCUUAGCCUCUUCGUACUUUCCUGCCUAAAUAGCAAUCUUGCUUCUUACAAAUUAG